AUGAAUACAAAUAAUUCAGCAAUUAAAAGAAUUAUGAGAGAGACUCAGGAGAUCAAGCAAGAUUCUUCUCCUGAUUAUACAGCAUUCCCAUUGGAAGAUAACAUAUUCGAAUGGCACUUUACAAUCAGAGGUGCUCAAGAUACAGAGUUUGAAGGUGGAAUCUAUCAUGGUAGAAUCAUAUUACCUCCAGACUACCCAUUUAAACCACCCAACAUUGUUUUAUUAACUCCCAAUGGUAGAUUUGAAGCUGGUGUCAAGAUUUGUUUAUCGAUAUCAGCACAUCAUCCUGAGACAUGGCAACCUUCUUGGAGUAUUGCAUUGAUAGGAUUCAUGAUCACAGAGGGAAAAGGCGCAGUUGGCGCACUUGACUAUUCAGCUGCCGAGAGAAAAGCAUUAGCUUUGAAAUCAGUCAAUUGGAGUUGUUCAAAGUGUGGAACUCACAACAAGACUGCACUGCCUGAAGUAGUAAAGAAAGAGUCUACAGUCACUAUUGAUAAUACAACAACAACGACGACUACUACUUCAACAACAGCUACAGCAACUUCUUUAAAUACAGAAUCAAAAGAUUCAUCGUCAAUAACAAACACCGCAACUGAACAGCAACAACAACAACAACAACAACAACAACAACAAGAACAAGAAAAAGAACAUCAAGAAAAAGAAAAAGAACAAGAACAACAAGAACAAAAGCAAGAACAACAGAACAAUGAUAAAACAACAGAGGAGGAAUCCACCAUAAUUAAAAGAAAUAUAAAUCAACCAAAUACACUUGUAGAUCAAUUACCACCAGCACCAACAUCAAAUUCAUCUUCUUCGACAACAGCAUCAAUAAAAAAUAAUAGUAACAAUAAUAAUAAUAUAACAAAUGCAACGACAACAACAACUAAUAUCAAUACAAGAAGAAUUGAAUCAAUAACAAGACCAUCGACUACCAAUAUAGAUAGAUUAAUAUAUUAA